AUGAUCGCCGUCGGGCUGAAGGUCCUCGCCGGGACGCUCUUCUGGGAAGCGCAGUUCCAAGUAUUCCAAUGGCUCUUCAGCGCGAUGCCCGCGAAGACGCCGCACGAGAGAUUGUUCAAGAAGUGCGCGCCGUCGUACAUCGUGUCGUACGUCCACGCGUUCUUCCUCGCGUGGGCCGGGUGGAGGAUCGUGCUGACGCUCGAGGGCGCGGACAUCGCGGAUCGCGCGUGGUUGUACGCCAGCGGCGACGUCCGAUUCGUCGGAUUCGUCGAGCUCGCGACGAUGGCGUUCUUCACGUACGUGAUGUACGACAUGUUCCACCUGAUUCUUCAGUUCCCGGACCUAGGAGGGGCGGACAUGUUCGCGCAUCACGUCGGGUUCCUCGUCGCCGCCGCGGGGGCGUACGCUUACGGCGCGUACCCGCUCAUGUUGGGGUGGCUGUGCACGUGCGAGACGUCGACGCCGUUUCUCUCGACGCGGUACUUCAUCCGAGCGAUGAAAGAUAUCGAGUACACGCAGCCGUUGUUGGACAACGUCGCGAGGGCGUUCGGGAUGAAGAGCCGCGGGCAAGUGGCCGCGCAUCGGAUGGAGUACGUCGUCGCGUCGAUGUUUUUCGUGACGUUCGUGUUGGUGCGGUGCCUCGGGUACGCGUGGGCGCUGAUCGGUUUAGCGAAGGUGUGUUGGUUCGGCAGGGCGGCUGUGAACGCGAACAUACCGGUGGUCGUCAGGUACGGGCUGUCGUUCUUGUGCGUCAGCGGGUUUCUUCUGAACUUGAUGUGGUUGAAUAAGCUCAUCGGGAUGUUGACGAGCGAGAAGAAGAGGAAGUGGCUUCGGAAAGACGCGGAGCAGUGA